UAACAAUUCUUGGUGUAUUUUUACUUUAAAUAAUAAUAAAAAUAAUGAGCUAAGAAAAAAUGUACUACGCAUAUUAAAUAAUGUUUCAUUAAAUUUUGUAGAUGAAAAUAAAGUAUCUGAAAACUUAAAAUUCUGUAAAAUUUAGCUCUUUGUAUGAAAAUGAAUAUUUUAUUUUCCUUUGAAGUACGUAUUGAAAUACUUUGUGUAUAAUUUUAUAGGAAGUAUACGCAAUAGGGUCUCAAAGCCCUCGAAUACUAAAGAACAACUCAUGCGUCAAUUUUAAACAAAACUGACUCCUAAUUACAUAUCACCCCACCUGUUCAUCAGAGCGUAUCUCCCUAAAACUGGCGCAUCUAUUCAUCGACUCAUUCAUUCUCAUACUAAAAACCAACGAUAUCGCUAUUGUGGAGAUUAAUAUUGUCAAAAUAUUUUACGUUUAAAUAAUUGUGGAUGUGUUGUAAACAUGAAAUGUUCAAGCGGUGCUUCGUCCAAAGUUUUAUUUGGUUGUUCCAAUUCAAUAUUUUUCACAUGCGGAUUUCUUGAAGUUGUCUGUGGUUUCCUGCUACUGUGCGAUUCAAAAAAAAUAUUAUUGUCGCGGUUGCUGGCUUCCCCGGAAAGUAAUUUGGCUCACCCGCCAUUUUACUACUUGGCUCUGGUUCUAAUGGCAGCAGGCCUCACCAUGUGUGCGACGGCUGCUCUUGGAUGCUGGGCAACCUAUUUACCCGGAUAUGCAGCUUUAAGUGUCUACUUCUUAAUUGUUCUCUCUUUGCUAUUGUGCGAGUGUGCUGGAGGAGUUUUAGCUGCAGUAUGGCCGCGAUGUCUAGGACUUGAAAACGCACGAGGGGGCUCUGUCGGAGCUCUGCAAAGCUAUUAUGCUAUGCCCGAUUUUGAACAAUUCACUGCCUCUGUGGAUUUAGCGCAAACAGAGUUGCAGUGUUGCGGCAUGACAGAUGCUCGAAACUACGACAUGUCCGUAUGGCAACUGAGGAGGCUGGGUCCGCGCGGAAUGGCCGUACCGUUGAGUUGCUGCGUGCAAAUCGAAGAGAACAUCUCGUAUCUGAACCCGAUGCCGGUCAAUUUAUCGCGCUGUCAGGAGUAUCAACCUAACCCUGUUUAUCGACAUGUUCCGGGAUGUAUCGGUAAACUUGAAGAGUGGUACCAGAAACAAUAUUUUGUCCUCAUGCUUAGCAUCUUUAUAUUUGCUGUAUUCAAGCUGGGAGUUUUAUUAAGCACUGUAUUUUCGUGUAUCCGACUCCGUCAAAGGAGACAAGUACUACAUACAGUUACAGUUAAAUCCAUUGAUCACGCAACGAAUGAAAAUAUGUACAGUCCGGGAGUUCGCGAAGACCACAUCACAGCCAAAUAUAUCCAGCCGGAUAAUUAUUAUAGUCCAAGAGUUCGAAACCCUCGUAUUUUUACGAGCAAACCGAACGAAAUUAUAUGAGAAUUAGCCUUGGAGAUAAACGCUUUAGAGUUGAAAUUGGAGAAGUUCUCCGAUUGUCUGCAUAAACACCAGGCUGACUCUAUUAUGUGGUGAACUGAAGAUUGCACGACGAACGAAUACCUAAAGUGCCAUAUUAUGAUGAACAUUACAUAAUCUAAUUCAAAACAGAAUUCAAAUUUUAUAUUUUGUAAAGCUUUUUUUAUGACGUACAAUCACAUAAAUACCGCCUUUUUUAUCUAACAAUGCAGUGAUGUUUUAAGAAAAUUUCCUACAUAUUUAUCUAAUUAUAUAAAUACUUAUAGCUUUCCUCGCCUGUCUCGUGGCUAAAAGCGUCUCAAGCACGUGUCAAAUCAUAACCCUAGCGCCCUCUAGUGAGCGAGCGAUCAAAAUGGAAUAAGUACUUUAAUAGAUUCAUUGAAAGUCCCGAGGCGUCCCCUAACACUGCUGCGACCACACUCUGCACCGUUGAUAAAUCCGCCUCUGCGCGUGGAGGAGUGUUGACACGUAAAUGUUGUGCAUUGGAUGCUUAACGAGAAGAAAAGUCUCUUAGAAAGGAUUAGUGAAAUCAGAUAUAGCUCAACGAAAAGGAAAAACUUUCAAUUGGAUAUGUUCCAAAAAUAUUUUUGUAGGGUGGCCAUACGAGGUCACGUCUCACCCGGUAUUACCAAAGCACACAAACACCACACAACGCUGAGGCCGUCAGUCGACUGAAGACAUUUUUUUUCCUACCUAUGCUGAUAGCCUUGAGAGGCAAUUUC